AUGGGAACUCCCUAUCACACGUUCGCCCACGACGCAACCUUCGCUCCCCCUGUGUCAUACUACGACUACAUCGUCAUCGGCGGCGGAACCUCCGGCUGCGCUCUCGCCGCCACUCUCUCGGACCGCGCUACCGUGCUUCUACUCGAGCGAGGUGAUCUUCCCUAUGGCAACCCCACCAUCAACAACAUCGCCACCUUCGGCGUCACCUUGUCCGAUGUUUCGCCGAACUCCCCAGCCCAGCAGUUUAUCUCCACCGACGGCGUCAUCAACGUCCGUCCCCGCGUCCUCGGCGGUGGCAGUUGCCUCAACGCUGGCUUCUACACUCGGGCCGAAUCAGAUUUUGUGCAGCGGGCUGGAUGGAACCCGCAGCUCGUUAACGAAUCAUACAAGUGGGUCGAGAGAAAGAUUGUGUUCCGGCCGCCGAUGCUGGAGUGGCAGUCGGCGGUGAAGGAUGGCGGGGGUGUUACCCUUCAACGGUUUACGUACGAUCAUAUUAACGGGACCAAGUUUGGUGGGACGAUCUUUGAUCACGAUGGGCAUAGGCAUACGGCGGCAGAUCUGUUGGAGUACGCCGAUCCGAGGAGGAUCAAAGUUUACUUGAAAGCAACGGUGCAGCGGAUCAUCUUCGCUUCGAACGGACAACCAAGACCAAGGGCUACAGGUGUAGAAUUUAGAGAUGCUAGAGGCAACAUGCACAAGGCAUUCCUCAACAAGGGCUCAUUAAAUGAAAUCAUCCUAUCAGCUGGAGCUCUGGGAAGCCCACAACUGUUGAUGCUGAGCGAGGUGUUAUUGGACCAGCCCAUGGUGGGCCAAGGGAUGUCUGACAAUCCAAUGAACGGCAUUGUCAUCCCCUCUCCUAGGCGCGUUGAAAUCUCUCUCAUUCAGGUCGUGGGUAUAACCAGGUUCGGUAGCUACAUUGAGGCCGCCAGUGGUUCCAUCACGGACCAUAUUGGACCUCAUGGGUUUGCACAAUUCCUAGAAAUGUUUGCCAACAGGACUGGCCUAAACGACACUAUGCUUCCCGACAAAGCCAACCAAUUCCCAAGUCGCAGUGCAAAUGCCGGAAUCAUCCUGGAGAAGGUAACAGGUCCGCUUUCCACCGGCCACCUCGAGCUCCAAUCCAGGGAUCCCAGCGACAAUCCCAGAGUCACCUUCAAUUACUUCCAGGACCCCCAGGACCUGCAGAGGUGCGUUCAAGGCAUGAGGACCGUUAUUGAGUUAUGUAACACAAAAAUGAUAUCCUCUCAAAUGAGUUCUUGUCAUGGAUUAACGUACCAUGAUAUCCCUUGUCCAGGUCAUAGAGUCCCGGUCUUUCUCCAAGUUUCGGUACCCUGGGUGUCGGUGGAGACCCUUAUAAGCCUCAUGCUAGGGUUGCCGGUGAACGUGAGGCCGAGGCAUCUCAGCGCAGCAUUUUCUCUUGAGCAGUUCUGCAUUGACACUGUCAUGACUAUUUGGCACUACCAUGGGGGAUGCCAAGUGCGGAGGGUGGUUGACCAGAAUUAUAGAGUGAUCGGAGUUGAUGGUCUGAGGGUGAUUGAUGGGUCCACGUUUGAUAGCUCUCCGGGAACUAAUCCUCAGGCUACAGUGAUGAUGCUUGGGAGGUACAUGGGACAGAGGAUUCUGAGGCAGAGGUUCCGUGGUGGGAAGAAGUAG